CCCUGCAAUCCAAGCUCCUAUGUCCACGUCCACGAAUCCCACAGAGAAUUUGCCACCCCCGGCCCUCAAGGCGACUGUGGGUCCCAGCCCAACGACCAACCGCGGUGCUCCCAGUGUACUGGGUAUCCACCCGAAGGAGCCCAAGCUUAUUUACUGCAGUGGUAAGCUCGUAGUGGUGCGUAACUUUGACGACCCGACCGAUACGUUCGUGUACAAGGGUCACAAUGAGCCCACCACUGUAGCCAAGUUCUCCCCCAACGGCUACUGGGUAGCAUCUGGCGACGUAUCUGGCAAAGUGCGCGUGUGGUCGUACGACAACCCGGAGCACACGCUCAAGCUGGAGAUCCCUGUGUUCGCAGGCGAGAUCAAGGACUUGUCGUGGGACCCAGACAGCAAGCGCAUCGUUGCCGUGGGCGAUGGUCGUGGUCUCAUGGCUCGUGUGUUCAUGUGGGACACUGGUAACAGCAUUGGCGAGAUUGUGGGCCACCAGAAGAGAAUCCUGAGCGUAGACUACCGUCAGACACGUCCGUUCCGCAUCAUGACAGCCAGCGAGGACUUCAACGUGUGCGUGUACGAAGGCCCACCGUUCAAGUUCAAACAGAACAACAACAACUUGCACUCCAACUUCGUCAACUGCGUGCGUUUCUCCCCUAACGGCGAGUUUGCCGUCAGUGUGGGCUCUGAUAAGCUCAUCUGUCUAUACGACGGCAAGAGUGGCGAGCUGGUUGACAAGUUCCCAGCAGCGCAUCAAGCGUCUAUCUACUCUGUGUGUUGGAGUCCGGAUGGCACGCAGUUGCUGACGUCUUCGGCUGAUAAGACGGUGCUGCUCUGGGACGUAGCUUCACGUAGUGUCGUGACCAAGUUCACAUUUGGAGGUGCGAAACCUCAAGUUAAGGACAUGCAAGUGGCGGUGGCGUGGUGUCAAAGCCACCUCAUCUCUCUCAGUCUCUCAGGCGACUUGAACCUCCUGGACUUGGACAAUCCGUCGCAGCCCAAGCAGAUCGUUCAGGGACAUCAGGUCAGUAUCUUGUCGCUGGCUACGGAGACGACGCAGAACCGUAUUUUGACGGGAAGUUACGACGGCGUCGUGUGCUCCUGGACGUCGAAAGCUGCCAAGGCGUUGACGGGCAGUAUCCACACUGCGAAGAUUACGGGCAUUGCUGCAAACUCGAACCAGAUCGUAAGCAGCGGAUGGGACGACCAGCUACGCGUUGCUAGUGAUAGCGAGUAUGUCGCUGCUACAGCGCUAAAUGCGCAACCGAACGGCGUGGCAAUCACCGAGUCUGGACUCGCUGUGGUGAGUACGAACAAGGGAGUGAAGCUUCUACGUGAUCAGAAGCUGGUGUUCGAGACUCCGGAGUUUUCGUGGACUCCUACGUGUGUAGCCAUCUCGCCAUCUGAAGAUCUUGUGGCUGUUGGAUCCCAGGAAGACAUGAAGAUUCACUUGUUCGACGUCGUGGACGGAUCUUCAUUGGUCGAAAGUGGAGAAAUCACGGGCCACCUUGGAGCGUUGACGUGUGUGUCGUUCUCCCCCGAUGGAGCGCUGUUGGCCGCCGGUGACACGUACCGUGAAGUGCGUGUGUGGGACGUGGCUUCACGGUCUGCUAAGGUGCAGGGCAUGUGGGUGUACCACUCGACUCGAGUGACGAGUGUGGCGUGGGCUCCGAGUGGCGACUUCAUUGCCAGUGGCUCACUUGACGAACGUAUCUACAUCUGGGAUGUCAACAGCCCCAUGAAGAAACGCUCCUUUAAAUUCUCGCACAAGGACGGAGUUACUGGAGUGAGUUUUGUCUCCGAGACGGAGCUCAUCUCGGUUGGCAACGACGCCUGUGUUAACUACUGGGACCUGUCCGCCUAAGUUGAAUAUGCAUCGUGACAACAAGCGCAAAUGUCACGUUGUGUUAAAUGAACUAGCGAUUUUUUGCCGUU